CGGGCGUGCGUGCGGCGUGUGCACGGGGCGGGGGGUGCAAAGGAGGGAAAGGAGGAAGGCUGCAGCGGUUGCACCGGCUGCAGCGGUUGCACCGGCUGCAGCGGUUGCACCACCGGCGGCGGCACCAGGGGCAGCGGCCGCACCAGGGGCAGCGGCCGCACCGGCCGCAGGCCCGCAGAGCGUGAAUGGAUCCCCGCGUGGCCUGGAUUCAGCCCGAGCAGAAAGGCCCGGCCAAUGCCCUGUGGAUGCAGAUCUGGGAGACGUCGCAGGGGAUGGGGCGUCCGGGCGCCGGCUUCCCCCCUUACCUCUGCCUCAACUCCCCGGCCCUGGACCCGCCGCCCUCCGACGGGGGCCGCCGCCUGCACAAGUCGCCCUCGCUGUCGUCCUCGUCGUCCUGCUCCUCCAACAACGAGUCGGGCACCGAGAGCCCCGGCUUCUCCUCGUCCUCGUCCUCGUCGUCCUGCGGGAGCCUGGGCCCCGGCGGCGUUUUUAACUUCCACGACCCCAAAGUGCACAAGGGGGGCGGCGCCGGGGGGCCUCCCCAAGGGGCCCCCGCCGGCUCCCCUCCCCAGCAGCAGCAGCAGCAGCAGCAGCACCACUACCAUCCGGGCCGCAGGAAAAGGGAGAAUAAAGCCAGCACCUAUGGCAUGAACUACCUGCUGUCCGGCAGCCGGGGGGCCGCCCUCGACGGCCUCCCCCAGCUGCAGCGGCAGCAGCAGUUGCAGCAGCUGCAGCAGCAGCAGCAGCAGCAGGAGCCGCCGCAGCCCAGGCCCGGCACCCCUUGGAAAACCAGGACCUACAGCCCGGGCAUCCAGGGGCUUCAUGAGGAAAUAAUUGACUUUUAUAACUUCAUGUCCCCUUGCCCUGAAGAAGGUAUUAUGAGACGAGAAGUAGUCAAACGGAUAGAAACUGUCAUAAAAGAUCUUUGGCCUACAGCUGAUGUACAGAUAUUUGGCAGUUUUAGUACAGGACUUUACCUUCCAACUAGUGAUAUAGACUUGGUAGUUUUUGGGAAAUGGGAGCGCCCGCCUCUACAACUGCUAGAACAAGCACUACGGAAACACAGCGUGGCUGAGCCAAAGACCAUUAAAGUACUUGACAAAGCUACAGUACCAAUAAUAAAACUCACUGACCAGGAGACAGAUGUGAAAGUAGACAUCAGUUUUAAUAUGGAAACUGGUGUAAAGGCAGCACGGUUUAUCAAGGAUUAUAUGAAGAAAUAUUCAUUGCUGCCUUACUUGAUUUUAGUAUUGAAACAGUUCCUUCUGCAAAGGGACCUCAAUGAAGUUUUUACAGGUGGAAUUAGCUCUUACAGCCUAAUUUUAAUGGCCAUUAGUUUUCUACAGUUGCAUCCAAGAAUUGAUGCCAGAAGAGCUGAUGAAAACCUUGGAAUGCUCCUAGUAGAAUUUUUUGAACUGUAUGGAAGAAAUUUUAAUUACUUGAAAACUGGUAUUAGAAUAAAAAAUGGAGGUGCCUACAUCGCCAAAGAAGAAAUCAUGAAAGCCAUGACCAAUGGGUAUAGACCAUCCAUGUUGUGCAUUGAAGAUCCUCUUCUGCCAGGAAAUGAUGUGGGCAGAAGUUCCUAUGGUGCCAUACAAGUGAAGCAAGUCUUUGAUUAUGCCUACAUUGUUCUCAGUCAUGCGGUGUCUCCACUUGCGAGAUCGUUCCCAAACAAAGAUUCUGAGAGUACGCUAGGUAGAAUUAUCAAAGUGACCCAAGAAGUGAUUGAUUACAGAGGAUGGAUCAAAAAGAAAUGGGGAAGCAAAAUUAAUUUGUCACCCGAUCUUGAUAAUCGAAUUAAAAUGAAAGAGCAAAUCACUUCAUGUAAUGGGGAACAGCAACAAAACAGAGACGAUGAAUCACCGUAUAGCCAGCGUUUGACUCUAUCUUUGACCAGCAGCAUCCAGCCUCUUUCCUCUGGUUCGUCUGCUUCUUCUGUGUCUUCACUGUCUGGAAGUGAUAUUGAUUCUGAUACGCCACCUUGCACAACUCCUAAUGUUUACCAAUUUACUCUGCAACCACCAACUCAGCUUAUGGCCAGUUUACCUCCAGCAUUGCAAAUGCCUAAUGGUAAACCUCAGUCUGCACCUGCUAGGACUUUGAUAAUGACAACCAAUAAUCAGACGCGGUUUACUAUUCCCCCGCCUACCAUCGGCGUUCCACCGCUCCCCUGCAGACAAGUUGGUAUCGAAGGAACACCGUCUCUGAAAGCCGUUCACCACCUGUCCUCUCCUGCUGUUCCCUCCGCAUCUCCUAACCCACUGUCAAGCCCCCACUUAUAUCACAAGCAGCACAAUGGAAUGAAGUUUUCCAUGAAAGGAACACACAAUCAUAACCCAGGAAAUGGUUACAAUCCCGUCGGCAGCGGAAGCAUGAGGCAGCCCGUGGGGAACAGAGGACAUCACCAGUACAACCGGACAGGCUGGAGAAGAAAAAAACAUAUGAGAGACAGUUUGCCAAUCAGUCUCAGCAGAUAAUGGCUCAUGGCACGGUCAUCUGCCCCCGUUUUACAGACUGAAGCUGAGUGACGUUGCACACCGGACUGGGGAACUGAGACCAGCAUUCAGCACAUCAGCUUAUGGGUAUUAUGAAAUAUCUGUAGCUGAUAAUUUUGCAUGUUUCUUUGUGUGGUGGUCAAGUCCAUCUUAAAGAAGAAGUAGUUGUGCUUAUCUGUGAAGCCUUAUUAAACAUGGAAGUGGUUUUCUGCCUUCCCAGGAUUAUUCAUUCAGUGCCGAAGCAGCUCUGGAAAGAGAACUGCAAGAACAUGAAAUGCUUUGGCAUUUUAGCUUUGGCUGCAUAUGUUCCUUUGCGGUUUGGGUUACUGAUUUUUAUUUUUGUCAAAGAAAGAGGAAACUUCAACCCCUGACUUGUUUUUUUUUUUUGGUUUUUGGUUUUUUUUCACCCCUUUUGCCCCAGCAGGUACAGUUGGGAGACUACAAACAAUUUUUGCCCUCCUGGUUUUUUUUUCAAAUUUCAGAUCUCUUUUGCUCUGUAAAUAUUGAAAAAUUUUAAUUUGUGCAAUAACUCAGAAUUUUUUUAAUUUAAUUUCAUAUUGCCACAUAAGUUAUAUUUAAGGGGAGGAGGAUUUUUUUUUUAAACUUAGAUCCUUUCCCAGGUUGCAUUUUCUAAGUUGGUUUCAUAGUUUUGACAGGUUAUCUGAUUAGCACUGUUCCAAACAUCAUAUGAGGGUUUUCAUUUUUUUCUCCCCCACCCCCCUUGGUAAAAAAUUGAGGCUUCUUGAUUCACAAUAAAAGGGCAGAUUUGGUUUAUGGCCUUACGAAGGGAUUAAGCUCCUCUGCCUGUUAGCUCCUUCGUUUGGCCUUUUAUCAGUUGUCUUGCUUUGACCAAUGGGUUUUGUUUUAGUUUUAAUCUUUUUUUUCCUUUUUAGCUAGACAAUAAAUCCAGCAUUUAAAGUGCCAGAAGUAUAACUUUCUAAGGGUGAGAAAAGGGUUGUCACGUUACAGAAUCGAAGAAGAAAAAUACAGCCGUGAACUCUAAAUGCUUCAGUCAGUUUGUCAUGUAACCUGUAAUGGUCGGUUGGGUCUGAAUAUCAUUACUGAAAAAGGUGCCCAGUUUUAGGAAUGUGGAGAAAGGAAUUAUGUUGAUUCCAUUAAGGAAUCUGUAUAGCAGUAUGCAUUCGUUCUGUUAAGAGCAAAUAUAUAAAAAAUACUUCGGCCUCUCAGAGCACCGUAAGAAGUAUCUUUUAAUGUAUUGCAAGAGAGCACAGCCCAGUGCUCCACAGAGUCUCUGUGGCUGGCACUUAAUUUACAGAUGCAUACAGGUAUACUAUGCAAGUGUAUUCUACCAUGACAACCACUGUCUUUGUUACCUUUUUUUGAAUAGGAAAAAAUAUACAUCCUGCCUCACCCUGAGUUUUAGAAGCACCACAGUUGUCCUGGGAGUUGGUUGCAUCUCGCAUGCCAUCCGACUUCCCGUUUUUAAAGUGAGGGGUUUUAAGCCCCGCUAAACACUACAGGUCGGUUGUUUUUCGAAGUCCACCAGUGGAGAGCGUUGAGAUGAAAACCUAUUACCAUGACAUCUAGAGGACGUGCGGAAGCGGGGAGUUGGAUUGAGAUCCGAUUAUUACGGCGAGCGGUAGGCGUCUAGCAUGAUAGAGCUUUAAAAUGUCUGUGGUAUGCCUUUGAAGCAGGACUAGCCCUCACGGUCAUUUGAAUCUAUAAACCGCAACUGCAGACUUUUGGAAGUGGAGGCAUUCCAGAUUAGAGUAGCACAUUUUCUCUGCAGUUGGCGAGUGAGAUGGAUCGCAAAAUAUUAAAACAAAAUAUUUAAAUUGUGAGCCUAUUCUUAAGCAGAUAUUUAUAAAAAUGGAAACAUAGACCUAUAUUACUAAUCUUUACACGUUAGCAAUAUUGAAUAUAAACCUACAUUAAAGAAACCACUACAGAAACUUUAGUUGGUAUCUUAUGUAGCUGCAUUUUUAAAGCUAGGUUCAUAGAACACAGGUAUCACGUUCCAUUUCAGUCAUGGUGAACCAAAUGAAUUGGCCUGACUACCACUGUGGUUAUUGCUACAGGUUUAAACAAAGAUAUCAUGUUUAGAUUUUUUUUUUUGUGCGUGUGUAUGUGUGCGUGCGUGUGUGUGUGUCUGGACAACAAUGUGGAAGCUAAAAUUGACAUAUUUUUAUGUAAAGUUUUUCUAUUCUUUGAUUUUUAAUAAACUUUGGAGACCA